GCCGUUCUGGGAUCGAAAAGCCACAGGCAUUUAGAAUUAGGCUGCUGCUCUUAUUUAGAGAACACCCCCCAAUCAGUUAGAUAGGCGCUCCUUUUCUUACUUUCCAGGUUUAAGACUCACCCUGCACUGAUGACUGGCUGCAUCUGAAGCUCCAGGCCAUUACAAAGUCUACGGAACCACGGCUUCCCGGGAUGUAGGCCCGUGAACAAAGAACUGCGGUUUUCUGCUUUGUUGCCCUGUGUUCGUCAUGGGGAACCUUAAUUCCCGAUGAAGCUCUGGAGGCCCUUUGUAUCCUCAACAUCAGACGUCAUCAACACAGUAGUUCCAAACCUGGGGGGCGAUUUUGCCCCCAAGAGACAUUUGGCAAUGUAACAUUGGGAAUAUGUUACUGGCAUCUAGUUGGUAGAGGACAGGGAUGCUGCUCUACGUCCUCCUAUGCACAGAAGAUCCCCCCACAACAAAGAAUUAGCCAGCCCAAAUAAAAGAAAGAAGGAAGAAAGAAAAGAAAGAAAGAAGGUUUGGGGUGAAAACCUGACCAGAUAUUUCAGUUUUUGUUGCUGUGCUAUUACCUUUGUUCCCUAGUGUCACUCAAAGAUCAUGGGAUCCAAAGCCCAUCCUUUGCUCAGAGCCAGGAGAUGUGCUGUAGCGUGAGGUGUGGUCCUAGGCUGUAGUUGGGGGGUACCUGCUAAGAGAAAUAAUAAGCAGAAAUGAUUCUUCACCCAUUCACUUUGCCCUCUUCCUAUUUAAAAUUCUUUGUCUCUGUCUCAGUUUGCUUUGACAGCUUUACAGCCUAAUUAUUUACAUCUAGAAGUUUUUGAAGGCCCCCAAACACUAUCAGAUGUGCUUCUUUCCAGAGAGUGGACUUUUAAAAUACUUAACAUUUAUUUAGCAUCUACUUUUUAGAGAAUAGUAUGCCCGUAUACUUUGUUAUGUGGGCAGUUUUAGGCACAGUUUAGAUGUCAGAACAUUUAUAAUUCAAAGAAUGGAUUUAUAUUACCUCAAGAUCUGCUUUUUUAGAAUUUUCAAACUACUCAACCAUUGGGUCUCAAUAAAUCAACUGGAAACAUGUUAGUUCUGGGAUGUCAUAGCAGAACAGGCAAAGAGACCCAAAUAUUUAAAAUCAUGGAAAUAUAAGCAGCAUAAUGGGGAUCAAUAAGUAUACUGCAUAAAGGGCUAAUGUCAAGGUGUAGCAGAAGAUAGGACCAGAGAAGCGAAUAGGAACCAGAAUGUGAGGAAUCUCUGUUGCCAAGUUAAGGGGUUUGAACUCUUCCUAAAAGCAAUGUGAAUGUUAAGUAGCAAGUGAUUUGCAUUCAGAAGGUUCAGUCUGAGAGCUUUGUGGAGUACAUAUUGGCUAGGGCCAGCCUGGAAACAGGGAGGUCAGUUAAGGAUGCUAUUACACUAAACUAGGCAAAUAGUAAGGGGAGCCUAUAUUAAGGCAGCAACCUUAGACAUAGAGAGAAUGAAUUAGAAAAUGAUAAAAGAUGUAUUAUCUACAAAUUCAGCACCAGUUGUACAUGAGAAUGGGGUUAAUAAUAAGAAGGAGCUAAGGGUGGCUCCCAAGUUUCUGGCUUGGGAAACUACAUUGAUGGUGAUUUUUUUAAAACUGAAAUACAGCUUUAAGAGAAAGAUGGAUGGGUUGUUCAUGAGACAAUGGAUAUGCAUUGGUCUUAAAUAGUAGGCUCAUUUUUAUAUUGCCUUCAUAUCCUACGUCCUUUUUUUUGAAAUUUCUGUACCUCUGCCAAUCCUGCCUUAAAGAUUGGGCUUUGGUGGUCAUAUUUGUACCCCUGCUUCCAACUCAUUCCAGCCACAACUGACUGAAUGAGGAUUAUACAACUAACUUUGGAGAGGCAGUCACAAUUCAUUGGGUGAGCAACAAAUAAUUGUCUCAUAAAUUUGAACUAAGAGAUCAUGAACAGAAAUGACAAUCUGAAAAGUCACAUAGAUUUAGUAACUGAAUAGCUAUUUUAAGCCUUGCUGAUGAGCAAGCAGAGAAAGUCCAUCCAUGUAGAGGAGUAAGUUAAUGAGAGCUGAUUCAUAAGGAAACCCAGAAAUGAAGGACCUCGUAGGUCAUCACAGACUAGUAAUGGCUGUCCUGUUCCAUAUCCAGUUCCAAUGUAGCCAUGUUUAGUUUGUAGCAUAUGCCUUUGUAUCCUAUUCUUUUAGUAACCCUCCUUUAGUAGUUGGGAUUGGUAGACUAUGAGAGACAGAAAGCUUAAAAUAAUGAUGGCUUUAAAAAGCUAGAAAUGUAUUUCAUGUAAAAGUCAAGAAGUAAGCAGUUUAGAUUUUAGGUCAGUAUCUUGAAAUUGUCAGACUCAAAUUUCUUUUCAUGAUAAUAGGAUAUCAUCAAGGCAUGUGACUUCUACCUCAUGGUGUCCAGGAUGGCCACUCAAGCUUCAACUAUCUUGUCUGCAUUCCAACCAGUAGGAAGGAGGAAGGAGUGAGGAAGAGAGCACUCUAUUCCUUUAAGGACACUCACCAGAGGUGGCACACAUCCUAUUGCUUAGAACUCAGUCACAUGGCUGUAUCUAGCAGCAGGAUAGAUCUGGAGUGUAGCAGAGAUGGAUUAUUAUUUAAUCCUCCUAACAACCCAAUGAGGGAAAAAUUCAAUUGGAAGGUGUACUUCACCUUCUCAAGAAAGAAGGAAUUGAACCUCAUGCUACUACAGAAGAACUCUAUUUUGUCUGGAGCUUAUUCAAGCACAGUGAGGACAGGCUGAGGAUUGCUACCAGAAAUCUAGAAGGGCUUUCAAUGAAGGACAUGGAAGAAAUGAAAGAAUCUCACGAUGAAGACCUGGAAAAAGAUAAAACAUCACAAAACUGCCUUCAGAGAGAUGUGGAACAAGUAGUAAAGAGGUUAGGGAUGGCCCAUGAAGAGAUCCAAAGACUCACUGAUGAAUUACAAAGAAAGGAGAAAGAACAGAGUAAAUUAGAUUCUGCACUUAAGAAGGCUCAACUAGAAAUUGAAGAAUUGAAAGAAAAUUUGACAAAGCUGAGAGAAAAUGAUUCAGUUGACCUAAAGAAAGCAAAGGAACACAAUCAAAGACUAGAUGAGGAAAUCCUGGCUUUAAGAAAUCGGGUUCGAUCACUUAACUCAGAAAAAAAAGUGUUUGGAGAAGUGGUUGAAAGACUUAAAGGAGACAUUUGUGAAUCUCAAGAGAAUAAGCAACUUGGAAACCACUCCCCUGGGAAAACUGUGGAUGAUGAACAGAAAGCACAGUAUUCAUCAUCUGGAGAAAACCUGAAAUACCAGCAGCAAGAGGAACUACAACUUCGCCAGAAUUUGCACCGGCUCCAGACUCUGUGCAACUCAGCUGAAAAAGAGCUUAGAUAUGAGCGAGGAAAGAACUUGGACUUAAAGCAACAUAAUAGCUUACUUCAGGAAGAAAACAUGAAGAUGAAAAUUGAACUAAAGCAGGCCCAACAGAAGUUAUUAGACAGUGCAAAGAUGUGCUCUUCACUCACAGCAGAGUGGAAGCACUGUCAGCAGAAAAUCAAGGAACUGGAGCUGGAAGUACUUAACCAGGCUCAGAGCACUAAAUCACAGGAAAACCUACAGGAAAAGCCGUCUCAGGAGAACUCUAAAGUUGCUGAUGCAGAGGAAAAGAUUUUGGAUCUGCUGCAGAAAUUAGAGCAUGCUCAUAAAGUCUGCCUCACAGACACUUAUAUUUUGGAGAAGCAGCAGCUACAGGAAAGGAUUAGAGAAGCAAUGGAAAAUGAAGCUAAAACAAAGCAACACUAUCAAGAAGAAAAACAGAAGAGGAAACUCCUAGAUCAGAAUAUGAAUGAGCUACAAAAGAAAGUGAAAAUCUUACAGGAUAAAGAGAAUCAACUGGAAAUGACCAAUUCUCAGCAACAAUCCAGAAUUCAGCAACAAGAGGCCCAACUUAAACAACUGGAAAAUGAAAAAAGAAAAUCUGAUGAGCAUCUCAAGAGCAACCAGGAAUUGUCAGAGAAGGUAUCUAAGUUACAGCAAGAGAAUGAAGUGCUCCAUGAAGAAUAUGGGAAAAUUUUGAAGCAGCUCGAUUUCCAUGUGAGAAACUAUAAUGAGAAACAUUAUCAUUACAAAGCCAAGCUUCGAAGAGUCAAGGAUCAUUUAGUUCAUGAAGUAGAGCUACGAGAUAAGAGAAUUAAACAACUUGAAAAUGAAGCUGGAUUACUGCAACAAGAAGUGGCAAAGGAGAAGGCACUGCAGGACCAGGUCAUUACCCAAAAUGAUAUCCUGCUCCAAGAAAAAAGGAAACUUCUGGAGCAGGUCACAGAGCAAGAAGAAUUAAUCCAUGACAACAAAUGCAUGAUAUCUUCAGUCCAGCACAGAGUGUUUUUCCUGGAUAAGGAAAAUAAGCGAUUACAAGAAAACAGUCUCCGGCUCACACAGCAGGUUGGUGUCUUAAAGCGCAUUAUAAAUAACAUCCAGAUUCGCAGAGGAGAGGAAACAAUAAUUAGUGGAAUCUCUGAAUUCGAAGUAUUGAAUAAAAUCUUGCCCCUCCCAAACUCCAGUUUUUCAGGAACAGGUUUGGUAGAGUCAGUUGGAAGUCUUCAAGAAACUCAAGAAUCUAAGUCAGAAGAAACAGUGGCAAAUCCCAAGUCCCUUGAGUCUGUUUCGUGUUCACAGAAUUCCGAAGCUGGAUACAUAAAUGUGACUUCUCUGAAAGAGACACGUUGCAUCCAAGAACAAGACCAAAAGUCAGAACUAUAAAAUCACUGAUGUCUAAACUAGACUGAUCAAAGUUGCUAACUUAGAGCUUGGGCGUGAAGGUGGGACAUGACGUGGAAAAACGUUAGAACACAUUCCCCACUGGACAUCAACUAGGAGUCUUCAAAAUUGCUGAUAAAUUCACUAAACCAGUUCUAAAAAUGGAUUUCUCAAGUUUGUUUGAUAUCCUCAGAUGCCUUAUAUUGAUCAAUAUAGUAACUUAAGUUCACUGGUUUAAUUGAGUUUUUGUUUAGCAGAACACAUAUAUGGCUAAUUCAGCAUUCUUUCCUAUUAUCAUGGAUUUUUUUAAAAGUAAAAACAGUGUAAUCACAUUAAAGCAAAUACUUUAAAAAGAAGAAAAAAACCCUCCUGUAAUGUCAUAUUCUGAACACUACUAUUUUCAUUUUGGAGUUAUUCCCUAUGGUUCUCAUUCCAAUUUAUUUAUUUUAAUGGUUAUCAUAUUGUAUUUUCAUAGUCUGAGUUUUAAUAUACCAUAAACCAUUUUCCCAUAUUUAAACUCUUCAUAAUUAUUCUUUCAAUAGUCAUAUGAUACUCUAUCACAUUGAUGUUCUAUAAAUUCUGUUGUUACUUGACAUCUAAGUUGUUCUACUUUUUCACUAAGAUUAUGCUAUGGCGAAAGUCUUUGUGAAGUUAGCUCUUUUCUUCUCUUAAGUUAAUCCAGAAAACAAAUUCACAAGAUCGGCAUAAUUGGGUCAAAGGAUAUAAAUGUUAUAUAGAGUUUUGGUACAUCAUUUGUCUCAUUGCUUUAAAAAAAGCAGUUGUGUCAACAUUGUUUCCAUGGUCAAACUCUUUAAGCUUCUAUUUCUUGAUGCACAAAAUAGGAAGAAACAGUGGCAAACCCCAAGUCCCAAGAUGGGAUAGUAGUUCCCAUCCCAUAGGGUUUCAUUUCACCAAAUGAAAUGAAGUGUGUAUUUUACACCGAGUAAUUGUUUCAAAAGUGCUAGAUACAUUCACUUAUUUUCACUUGCAGUUUGAGUGUACUUCUUCAACAUUGGAUAUCACCAAUUUAAAGAAUUUAUUCUAAAAUAGUUGGUAUAAAACUGUAUUGAAGGAUGAUUUCCGCUGUUCCUUUUCCCCUUCCUCCCCUUUUCCCUCAUUCUCCUCUUCCUUCUUCAUCAUCAGCUGGAGAUAGAGAGGGAGACAAAGGGAAGGGGGAAAGUAACCAGAAAUAAAAGAGCCCCGUAAGUUGAGACAUACUGAAUUUUUAUGUGCAACCCUUGCCGCCUCAGAUACCAAACUAGAAAGGAUGAUCAAAGAGUGUAGGAAAUAAUAACUAUGAUAUUGAAUGCAUGCUCUGAUUCCAAACUUUGUCCAAAUUCACCUUCUUUCACUCGAUUCAUUGAAUCUAUUUAUCAAAGUCCUGUUAUGUGCUAUUCAAUAGUAGACACUAUCAUCACACCUGUGAAGACAGACAAGAGUCCGUUUUCAUAGAGUUAAUAUAUUUUAGGUUAGACGGUAUAUGUGUAUGUGGCAGGGGGUGAGGUGGGGAGACUGACCGUAUAAUUUUGGAUGGUGAGUGGCAUGAAGAAAAUAAACCAGUGAUGUAUCUGAAA